AUGGCCUUUGGACAGGAAAUGUUGACCAUGAAAGCACAGAUGGAUGUGAUCUGCUGUAAAUCAGUAGGAACUGAUCUGUCCAUGCUGGAUAUUGAGGAUUUCAUCAGUGAAAUCUGUCAGCUGAAGAAAGAGGUGGCGUCACUGGAGGCAAAGCUGAGAGAAAGAGGAGACAAACCCAACAGAGAGGAUCUGGAGAAGGUUUCAGUGUGUGUGACUGACGGGACAGAAGCUCAGGAUUCAGUCUGGAGAUCCAGAGACACACAGGACUCAGAGCUCAGCCUCACUUUACUGUGUUAUACUGACGCUCAGGAUCAUGGAUCCGCUGAUCAAACCUCUGACUGUAACGCUGGAGAACAGCAGAUGCUGCAGACGCCGCUGAAGAUGUGCUCCGUCAAACUGGUGGACUGCAGGAACCUGAUAGAGAGCAGAGGAGAAAAAACCACAGCAGAGGAACAACAACAGAGCCAUGAGGAGGAGGAGGAGGAGGAAGAUGAUGACGAUGAUGACUUUGUUCCUUCAGCUGUAGAAGAUGACAACACUGGUUCAUCUUCUGAUGGAGAAACUGCCUCUACAUCCAAAGAGCGACAGACAGGGACCGACUGUGGAAAAACAUUCAGCAAACAGGAAAAUUUAGCAAGACAUGAGAGAAAAAACAAAAAACAGAAAACCUUCACGUGUAAGAUAUGCGACAUCAGCUUUUCUAGCUUAGAAGAGAGAAAACUUCAUUCAACAGAGCACAGCAUAAAGAAGGAGUUUCGCUGCGAACAGUGCGGGAAGGAUUUUUUCACCACUCUUUAUAAUAUGAGAGCUCAUAUAAACACACACAAUGAAAAGACUUUACAAUGCAACGUGUGUAACAAGUAUUUCCGAACCAAACAACAUCUUUCAAUGCAUAAGAGAGUCCACACAGGAGAAAAGCCGUACCAGUGCCCUCACUGCGAGAAAAGCUUUGGCCGGGGAUCCUAUCUGAAGAGCCAUCUACUCAUACACACCAAUGAGAGGCCGUACCAGUGCAUUAAAUGUGGGAAAACCUUUACAAACUCAACUUCUCUCAAGUCACACCAAAAAAUACACUCUGAUUUCAAACCGUACCAGUGCCCUCACUGCGAGAAGAGCUUCAACCAGGGAUCCCAUCUGAAGAACCAUCUACUCAUACACACCAACGAGAGGCCGCACCAGUGCAGUGAAUGUGGGAAAAACUUUAUAAACUCAGCUUCUCUGAAGUCACACCAAAAAAUACACUCUGAUUUCAAACCGUAUCAGUGUUCACACUGUGAGAAACGUUUCCAUCAUUCGACUCACCGGAAAACCCAUGAAAGGAUUCACACCGGAGAGAAACCGUACCUGUGCUCCUACUGCGGGAAGAGCUUUGCUAGUCCAUAUUCUUUUAAAGUUCAUCUGAGAGUUCACACUGGAGAAAGACCGUAUCACUGUAGUGAUUGUGGGAAGAGUUUUUAUAAGCUAAGUGACUUAAAAAUACACCAGAGAACUCAUACGGGAGAAAAACCUUUUAAAUGCUCACAUUGUAACAGGACAUUCACUCGAUCAAGUGACCUGAAGAUCCAUAAGCGAUGGCAUACAGGAGAGAAACCUUACCGCUGCUCCAUCUGCGGUGAGAGUUUCUCUUUUAAAUGGGCAUUUCAGAGUCACCAGAAGAAACACACUGACCCAGAAACAUCAUAGCUUCAUCAUGUAAUUAUUUUUUUUGUGUAAAAAAAAAAAAAAAACAUCCUUUGUUGUUACUGGAAUGUUAUUUUAUGGUUGUAAAAAACCUAAAACUACAUUGUGUCUAGAACAGGGGUGCCCAAAUCUGCUCCCGGAGGGCCAUUUUUGAACUAUAUUAGUGGAGUAGUGUAGGUAAUAGGGAAUGAGGGUAUAGGGGCGAUUUCACACACAGCAAAGGUCUUUAUUCUCACUAGAAACUUCCAGGUAAGCGUGUUGGAGCUAAACUGUGCAGGAUGUUGGCUCUCCAGGAGCAGGAUUGGACACCCCUGCUCUAGAACAUCAUUUACUGUGUAAAAAUUAAUCCUCUGGAUGAAAAUCUGUAUUUCUUUGUGACAACUUUAAAUUCCCUGUAAUGUGCAAAUCAGUGUCUGAUAUUGGAUUAAAGUGUGUUUAUUGGGUAUUUAAUCACAUUAACAAAAUGACAAGGCCUAAUUCUUUUAGCAGUUAUUUAAUACUUACUGAUAAACAUGAUGACAUGAAAUGAGGCUUAUUUCCCUCAGUCACUUUGUUACACAAAGCUGAAAUAAUCCAGACAUGAAUAUCCAAUAAUACACUACAGGUACAGUAAUAUGUUCUAUCACUAUGUCAGUUUUUGGGAUUGACAAUGCACUUACUUACAGGUGUGAAUCUUGAAUAGUCUCUUUCACAAUUGACUUACAGUAGCGCCUCGAGAACUGUCUGUAUGAGCAAGCAACGGGAGUCAAGUUUGUACUUGCCAGUAACCGACAGUGACCAAAGUAAUAUCUCAGCAUACUAUAAAGCAGUGUAAUGCAAUUAAUAAUACAAGUUUUUCAUGUUACCUCUUUGUUUGUCUCAGGGAGUGUGUGUGUUAGUAGCCGGCCUGCUUCAUUUCUUCAUGUUCACGUUCUGCUGGAGGGGGUGCAGUAAAAACAGCAAUAACUGUAAUAUUGUGAAAUAUUUUCCCAUUUUAAAUCACUGUUUUCUAUUUGAGUCUAUAUUCAAAUGUAUUUUUUUCAGUGAGUCAAAGCUGUAUUGUGAUUGGCUGUUACUCCAGUCUUCAGUGUCACACGACCCUUUAGAAAUCAUUGUAAUAUGCUGAUUUGCUGCUCAAGAAAUCUUUUAUUAAUAUUGCAGUUGAAAAUGUUUGAAAGUGUGCUCUUUAAUGAAGUGUGGAAAGAUACAGUGUUUUUUUUUUUUUUUUUUGAGUGUCUGUAAUGUUUGGGACAUUACUGUAAUUUUUGGUAAAUGCAUCAUUGCUUGAAAAAGUAUUCAUUUCGUUAAAAAACAAACAAACAAACAAAAACCUUA